GAUUAUGUGACAGUAAUGGACUAGUUGGCUGGGCUUAAGAUGCUUGGCUUAAGGGAAUCAACACUUCAAGUAUAAUGCACCAGUAAUAUCUCUCCGCAGUGGGGAGUGGUGAUGGAGUCUAGUCAGAGUAACAAGAGGCCCCAUUCUGGGGAUGGAAAUGAUGUUGGUGGCAAGAAAGGAAAGUUCUCUGGAAGGGGAAGAGGAGGUGGCGGCAGUUCCAGAGGAAUUGCAGGGGGUGGGGGUGAUGGACAGAGUGGGCAAGGGUUCAGGAGGGGUAGAGGAUUUGGUGGGGAUAGUGGUUUCAAGGGUGUGCGUGGUGGACUCAGAGGUGGAGAAGGUGGUAGGUUCAGAGGAGGCCGGGGCGGAAACAGUGACGGGUUCCGGGGAGGGCAGAGUGGAUUCAGGGGCAGAGGAGGUGGUGGGUUCAGGGGAGGCCGAGGUGGAAUCAAUGGCGGAUUCAGGGGAGGCAGGGAUGGAGAAGGUGGUGGAUUCAGAGGAGGGCGGGGCGGAGAAGGUGGAGGGUUCAGGAGAGGACAAGGUGGGUUUGAAGGCCGAGAAACAGGGUUCAGAGGAGGUAGUGGUGGACAGAAGAGAGAAGGGGGUAACAGUGCUGUAAUGAACCAGGGAGGUCUUUUAAACUUUGGGCAGAAACUGUAUGCUGAGUUUCCUGACUGGAACACAGAUCUAAUUCACAAGGUGUUGGCUGCUAUUUACUUCGAUGAGCAGCAUAAUACAAAUUGGCAUAAGGUAUCUGAGAACAUAAGAAAUUCGCUGGCGCCAGAUGAAAUUGAAAAAUUAUGGAAUAAUUUAAUUGCAAAAUUGGAGCCUCCAACAUUUCAAUGUGUGCUUGAUUCCAGACAUGAAGAUGUUAUUGAAGAGGACAGUUAUACUAGAAAAACUUCCAGA